AUGAUUGUCCCCUGGCAGAGGUUUCUAACGAUCACUGAUUACAAAAGGAAGUCCAGUCACGUCUCGGACGCUAAUGCCACCCUACCGGACGAGCUAAACACCUCUUUCUCACACUUCGUGCAAAACAACUCUGAGCUGCCAAGGAGAGCCCCUGAGGACAACGAGGGCUACUUGCUUAUGGUCUCCACAGACAAUGUCUCUCAGGCCGUUAUCCCCAACUGCUUCAAGAUGUCUACUGUCAUCCCCGUGCCCAAGAAAGGGAAGACUGGUGAGCUAGGGAGCAUGGUUCCUCCAGGGUGGACUCUGGUGGCUGUCUUACUUUCUCUUGUCUCAGGUACAGAUGUGUGUAAGACUUUCGGCAGUGGAGUCGUCCAGAUGUUCAACGGAACUGUAUUCUACGUCCGCUCCACCUGUCCGUUCACGCUGACACGUUUUACUCACAACCGGGUGGACUGUGACAUCACCGUGCGUCGAGGUGAAAACGGCCUGCUGGAAUAUGUCGAGAUCAACGUCAACAAGAUCCAGACCCGGAUUCUGUACAAUGGAACCAUCUUCGUCGAGCAGAGAAUGGUGUCCCUUCCCUACGAUCACACCUAUCAACAUGUGUUCCAGUACGGUAUCAACACCAAGCUGAGGAGCACUGUUCUACCUCUGUCUGUCAUCUGGAGCAGUGUGGGUGUGGGCAUCGACUCUCUCUGGGUGAAACUGGAGCAGGAGCUUGUCCUUGGAAUGACUGGACUCUGUGGACGACCAGAUAUACCAGAUGACCGUCAGCGAUUGAUUGCAGAGAGUGUUCUGUCAGAGGACGGGUGCCAGAUCAUGGACUCCCUCCUUACUAAGAGCACGGUCUGUCAGAAGUUCAUCUCCAACUACGUUGAAUGUCUGCAGGCUAACACAAGCAAAUACAUAACUCUUUGUAAAGAGAAUAUUUACGGACAUGAACAAGAGCAUUAUGUAGGAUGUGCGUUCUACAAAGAAAUUGCCCAUCGGUGUCAGACCAGCUAUGCUUGGAGGACCUUGACACACUGCCCUGAGUUCAGUUGCCCAGGAGAACUACACUUUGAGGAGCAGGGUGAUGCGUUUGUUCCCACCUGUUCCAACCCAGCACCUAGAACCAAUGAUCAGGACAUCACCAGCACCUGUGUCUGCCCCCAAGGACAGGUAUUGAACGAUCGAGCGGAGGGCCAUUACUGUGUAAGUGUGUCAGCCUGCCCAUGUGUGUACGCCGGGAGGAACUAUGCACCUAGGGAAGAACGCAGAACUAAAUGCCAGACCUGUGAGUGCGACAAUGGCAAGUGGAAAUGCUCUCAGAACAGCUGCCCUAGUAGGUGUGUGAUUGAAGGGCAGUUUGUGACCACGUUCGAUGGGAAACAGUAUGCCCUUCCCGGUAAAUGCACAUACAUGGCCUCUAAGGGUUUUAAUUGGACGAUAUCCAUACAUUUUUCUGAGACGACGUCCUCCAUCCAAAACGUGUUUCUUCAGAUUUACCAGAAUACCUACAGAUUCUCUCACAACAGUGUACAGUUUGAGAAAGAGGAAAUCCGAGAGCUACAUCAGUCAGACAAUGCCAUCGUGUUCUGGCAGUCAUCCAUGUACGUCCAGGUAUUGACAUCCUUUGGCAUGAAGAUCCAAGUACAGAUGUCUCCAGACCUCCAGCUCUAUAUCACACUACCACAGAGUGAAGUAGGGAUGCCAGAAGGACUUUGUGGAAACUACAAUACCGAUACCACUGAUGACUUCACCACAAGCAGUGGUAUCGUAGAAAACGCAGCGGAACCGUUUGCGCUGUCCUGGAGUGUAGGGGACUGUCCUGUUAACAUACCUAAAGUCUGCAUCAGCACCGACAACGAAAUAUUUGCAGAUGAGAAGUGCCACCCCUUGAGAGACCCCAGUGGGAUUUUCGCCAAGUGCUACGAUCACGUGCCUACUGACAAUUACCACAAGGCUUGUAUCCAGAGAACGUGUACCUGUGGAACUGGGCUGCAGCAGUGUUUGUGUGUGGCCCUGGCAAAUUAUGCUAAAGCCUGUGCCAACCAGGGAAUCACAGUGGGUGACUGGAGAAGGGCCACCAACUGCACGGUAUCGUGUGAGAACAAUCAGAGGUUUGACUACGAAAUGCAGGCGUGCAACAGCACCUGUCUCUCCCUAUCCCGGCCAGACCCCAGGUGUGGGGUGGAGGAUGCACCUGUGGAGGGCUGUGGCUGCCUGGAGGGCACUCAUCUGACCGGGGGGCUCACCUGUACCUCGAAGGCCCAGUGUCCAUGUCACCAUCAGGGAGGAGUCACACCACCAGGACCUGUUAUCAUCGAUGGACGACAGUGCAAAUGUGAGGAUGGAGAAUUGCUGUGCUCUGAAGAUUGUGGUUGCACCCAGGGGAAGGUUUGUGUGCAUUGCUCACAAUUAUCCAUAGACACAGCUCAAACAACAUGUGCCAGUCUGAGCAAACCAACAAGUGCUGUUCAGAGUUGUACAAGUGGCUGUUACUGUCCAGGGGGCCAGUUGGAAGACCAUAGGGGUGUGUGUGUCACUGUGGACAACUGCACCUGUCAGUACAGCGGCAGAGUGUUCAAAGCGGGACAGAGUGUCAAGACCAACUGUAGAACAUGCACCUGCCACCAUGCCCAGUGGAGCUGUGUAGAUGAACCAUGCCCUGGUACAUGCCUGGUGUAUGGAAACGGACACUAUCAAACCUUCGACUCUAAAUGGUACCGCUACGAUGGGAACUGUCAGUACACAUUAGUGGAGGAUGGCUGUGGUAGUGAAGCCGGCUCGUUUUCUGUCAAAGUGGAGAGUGUCCCGUGCUGUGACGAGGCUCUGACCUGUUCCCGGACCAUCGUGUUAGACCUGCUGGGUAAUGUCACUCUGACUCUGAAUGAAAUGAAGGUGACGAGACGGCUCCAAGGGGGAUGGGCUUCUCUGGAGGCUGAGCCUCUGUACUCCACCCACACUGUGGGCCUCUACAUCAUGAUCUCAGUGCCUUCGAGAGGACUAACCCUCAUCUGGGACAAACACACCAGACUUACCGUCAUACUGGACGACCGUUGGAGGAACCGAGUGUGUGGACUUUGCGGGAACUUCGAUUCCAACGAGAUGAACGAUCUGCAGAUAAGCGGGUCAUCGGUGGUGUCCAGCCCCCUCGCCUUCGGCAACAGCUGGAAGACGGCCACACCCCCCUGCUCUGACGUGACCAAUGAGGUGUUUCCGUGCCAGCGCCACUCCUACUGCUCCGCCUGGGCCGAGAGACGCUGUAUGAUCCUCAGGGGAGACACCUUUAAGGACUGCCACUUGAAGGUGGACCCAGAGCCCUACUACCAGGCCUGUGUGUUGGAGUCGUGCUCCUGUGAGUUUGAGGGGAAGUUUUUGGGUUUCUGUACGGCCGUGGCGGCCUACGCUGAGGCAUGCAGUGACCAGGACGUGUGUGUACGCUGGAGAACGCCAGACAUGUGCCCGGUAUACUGCGACUACUACAAUGAGCAGGGCCACAGUAGCUGGCACUACGAUCCCUGUGGACAGAUCAAGACCUGUGGCAAAAACAACCUCUUCACUGGCAAGUUGGAAGGCUGCUACCCGAGAUGCCCAGCAGAGGCUCCAUACUAUGAUGAGAACACAAGGAGUUGCUCCACUUUGGACAACUGCACCUGUUAUUCCAACGAGACUAUGGUUAAACCUGGUACAGUUAUCAGGAAACCCACUGAGAAAUGCACUUGUGAACAGGGGCGUAUUAACUGUGGUCCUGAUCAAACCACUACCCCACCUGAACCUACAACCACAGCUACACAACCCACUACAAUGAUAACUACACCUGAACCUACAACAACUAUACUGACUACUACACCUGAAUAUACAACCACACCUACACAACCCACUACCACACCUGAACCUACAACCACAGCUACACCAUCAACUACAAUGAUAUCUACACCUGAACCUACAACAACUAUACUGACUACUACACCUGAACCUACAACCACAGCUACACAACCCACUACAAUGAUAACUACACCUGAACCUACAACAACUAUACUGACUACUACACCUGAAUAUACAACCACAGCUACACAACCCACUACCACACCUGAACCUACAACCACAGCUACACCAUCAACUACAAUGAUAUCUACACCUGAACCUACAACAACUAUACUGACUACUACACCUGAACCUACAACCACACCUACACAACCCACUACCACACCUGAACCUACAACCACAGCUACACAAUCAACUACAAUAAUAUCUACACCUGAACCUACAACAACUAUACUGACUACUACACCUGAACCUACAACCACACCUAUACAACCCACUACCACACCUGAACCUACAACCACAGCUACACAAUCAACUACAAUGAGAACUACACCUGAACCUACAACAACUAUACUGACUACUACACCUGAACCUACAACCACAGCUACACAACCCACUACAAUGAGAUCUACACCUGAACCUACAACAACUAUACUGACUACUACACCUGAACCUACAACCACACCUACACAACCCACUACCACACCUGAACCUACAACCACAGCUACACAAUCAACUACAAUGAUAACUACACCUGAACCUACAACAACUAUACUGACUACUACACCUGAACCUACAACCACACCUACACAACCCACUACCACACCUGAACCUACAACCACAGCUACACCAUCAACUACAAUGAUAUCUACACCUGAACCUACAACAACUAUACUGACUACUACACCUGAACCUACAACCACAGCUACACAACCCACUACAAUGAUAACUACACCUGAACCUACAACAACUAUACUGACUACUACACCUGAACCUACAACCACAGCUACACAACCCACUACCACACCUGAACCUACAACCACAGCUACACCAUCAACUACAAUGAGAUCUACACCUGAACCUACAACAACUAUACUGACUACUACACCUGAACCUACAACCACAGCUACACAACCCACUACCACACCUGAACCUACAACCACAGCUACACAAUCAACUACAAUGAUAUCUACACCUGAACCUACAACCACAGCUACACCAUCAACUACAAUGAGAUCUACACCUGAACCUACAACAACUAUACUGACUACUACACCUGAACCUACAACCACAGCUACACAACCCACUACUACACCUGAACCUACAACCACAGCUACACAACCCACUACCACACCUGAACCUACAACCACAGCUACACCAUCAACUACAAUGAGAUCUACACCUGAACCUACAACAACUAUACUGACUACUACACCUGAACCUACAACCACAGCUACACAAUCAACUACAAUGAGAUCUACACCUGAACCUACAACAACUAUACUGACUACUACACCUGAAUAUACAACCACACCUAAACAACCCACUACCACACCUGAACCUACAACCACAGCUACACAAUCAACUACAAUGAGAUCUACACCUGAACCUACAACUAUACUGACUACUACACCUGCAUCUACAACCACACCUACACAACCCACUAAUACACCUGAAUAUACAACCACACCUACACAACCCACUACUACACCUGAAUCUACAACCACACCUACACAACCCACUACUACACCUGCAUCUACAACCGCACCUACACAACCCACUGCUACACCUGAAUCUACAACCACACCUACACAACCCACUACUACACCUGAAUAUACAACCACGCCUACACAACCCACUACUACACCUGAAUAUACAACCACGCCUACAGAACCCACUACUACACCUGAAUAUACAACCACACCUACUCAACCCACAACCACACCUACACAACCCACUAGUACACCUGAAUCUACAACCACACCUACACAACCCACAACAACAAGAACCACACCUGAAUAUACAACCACACUAUUCCCAACGAUAGUUACAGGACCUACAAAUACUCAACAUAGUUCACCAGUUGUGUACGUGUUGAGUACUACAGCCGGACAAAACACUACAGCAGAAGCAACUACAGCAUACACUGAAACUACAACUAAAUUAACAUCUACACAACCCACAACUACCUUCUCAUAUUCUACCACCAAAUAUGUUGAACCAACAUCUACAACCGAACCAACAUCUGAAGGACCACCGACUGAAGCUACAACCCUGUACACAAGUCAACUAACAACCUCCUCUACACGAUCUCCCACUACCUCUGAAUCAACAACAUCCACGCGUCCAACAACGAUGUCAACAACAAUAUCUACAGAGUCUACAACACGUACAAUUUGUGAGUGUAGAGACCUGAAGAGAAACCAGAUAUGGGCGUGUGGAGAGAAGUGGACAGAAGACUGCUUCAAUAAGACUUGUAAGGAUGGGAAGAUAGAGAUGACUUCAGUCACCUGUCCGAAUCCAGUUCGCCCCACCAUGUGCCCCAGGGGACAGAUGGUCAGAGUCUCAGAUGGAUGCUGUGACUACUGGAAGUGUGAUUGUCGCUGUGACGUCUAUGGCGACCCUCACUACAUCUCCUUCCAGGGUGUGACCUUUGACUUCCUGGAUAAUUGUACCUACAUCCUGGUCAAGGAGAGAACGCUGCGUCACCAUCUGACUGUUGCCGUGGACAACUACUUCUGUAUUCCCGAGUUGGACGGCUCCUGUGCCAAAGGCAUCAUCCUGCAGUACCAGAACAACACGGCCACUGUCAGCAUCGUACCGGAUGAGUACAGGGUGAAGUCUACUCUGAACCAGAAGAAUGUCGAGCCUCCCUAUGAGGAGAAUGGUAUCAGGUUUGAGACGACAGGCUAUAUGGUGUCUGUAUACAUCCCUGAGAUACGCUCACAUAUCUCUCUCACACCAUCCAACACUCUGACUGUCACCUUGGCCAUGGAGCAUUUCCUGAAUAACACCCAAGGACAAUGCGGUGUGUGCGGUGGGAGCUCUUGUGUGCGUAGAAGUGGGGAGACUGAAGCUGACAGCUGCUGUGAUAAGACCGCCUAUGACUGGAUCUAUGAGGACCCUCUGAAGCCUGAGUGUAGCGCAGCUCCCAGGGACGUCCCAUGCCAUCCUCCAGGCCCUCCUCCACCCCCCUGUCCUGGAAGCCCCCUCUGUGACCUUCUCCAUCACCCAGUUUUUGCAAAUUGCAGUAGGCGGGUGGAUCUGAGCCAGCUUGAGAGGAACUGUAGGUUUGAUUCGUGUGGGAGGAACGACAUGGCUUGUUCUCCUCUGGAGCAGGCUGUUGAGGAGUGUAAGAAAGCAGGCAUCUGUGUGAACUGGAGACAACUCACCAAUGGGACCUGUGCUAUUGGGUGCCCAACAGGGAUGGUGUACAGAGAGUGCCAAGGUCAAUUGGAUGACUACUGUCACGGAGGAGUCCGUGUUCAAGGGAGAGUACUGGAGGAAGUUAAGGCUGGAUGUUUCUGUCUCAGAGGACAGUUCAGAGCUGAGGAGCACAAGAAGAUCUGCGUGUCGGACUGUCCCUACUGCAAGGGUCCACUGGGAGAGUACAAGCAGCUUGGGGAGACAUGGCAGUCCAACUGUCAGGUGUGUACGUGUAACAACCGAACCAAGACAGAGGAGUGUCAACCUAACCUCCCCUCCCCCGCACCUUUCUGCAGUCAGAACUCAGUCCUGGUCACCGGCUGCUGUGGCGAACAGACCUGUGUCGAGAAGACAUGUAACUAUAAUGGAAGGACCUACAAAGUGGGAGACAGAUGGACAGACCUUGCCCUGCCCUGUGAGUCCUAUAGCUGUACCAGAGAAGGCACUCAGACAGUGAAAAGGGUGUGUCCCCAUCAGAACUGCUCAGAGGAGGACAGAGUAUGGGACGAACAACAUUGCUGCUACACAUGUAACCAGACCUGUGCUACCAGGGUUUCUAGUGUGAACAUCACUGUAGACAACUGCACAGCAACACUACAGCUGCCCACGUGUCAAGGCCAGUGUGGGACAGAGACAAGAUGGGUUGUUGCUCGCAGUAUUCUCCAACUGGAACAGAAGUGGGAGUGUUGCAGAGUGAGGAGUCACGAGAGGAAGUCAGUGAAUCUGACCUGUACUGGGGGCUCCGUUAUGCCACACCUGUAUGCACAUGUUACCAGCUGCGAGUGCCAUAACUGCAGUAUAUUGCAGUAAACAUCGCUUUGUGUUCUGAACGUAUAUGCACACAAACAAACAAAAAUCUAUAUUGAACUGUUAUUAAGAUGGUGAAAAUGUGCCAAAUCAAUGUUUUUUCUAGAUUCUGCAACCUUCCUAUAAUAGUGUCUUGGUCGGUGUUUUGAGGGUCUACUGUACAGUACGUGCAGAACAACGGCUUCAUGUUCCCUUAGUAGAAUAGGUUUUUCAGCUAGUGCACAUCGGUCGAAAGGCCUUUUUCUAUAUUGCAUAUACUCUGUUCCAGUGCAGGAAGUGGACCACUAUAUGUAGAAUAUUGUUGAUUGUGUAUGUAUUCCAUAGACUUCACAUAGGAAAUCUUCUAAUGAUCCACCCAGCACUUUUUGCACUUUUCCAUCUAAAAGACUGCAGCUCCAAUUUGAAAGUGAUUUUGAAAUGUUUAUUUCAAGAACUGUAACCACUUUGAUUUUGCUGAUUUUAUUUUAAAUAAAGUACUGAAGCUUCCA